AUGACUAAAGGUACUUUGACAACCUCAUCUAUCGUACAAGCACCGGUGCUAUCGAUCGCUUCAACACCAACAACUACAGCUGUCUCUGCACCUUUAUCAGUACCAGUUUCAAGUCACACAGGAGCAGACCAUUCAUAUAUUACUAUCAAGCCGAGUUCUCUGCCUUCGACCACUAUUUCUAGCGGAUUUGCAACGCAAACACAUCGACAGAGACAUCAUCCUAUUGCCAUUGCACCAAAACCUGUGUCUAAGACUAUUACUCGAAGAGCCUCUUUGCCAACACAAAGUAUGCGUCCUCGGAAAUGUAGUAAAAACUUGAGUUCUAUGACCAUCGCCGUCCCUGGAGGAAUGAACGACAAGACUCAAAGCAAACCACAGCCAAUAACUUUGGCAUCUCCUGUAACGAGAAAGGGAUCAACCAGAUCUGUGUCAGCAUCGGCAGAAGAUACUAUUUUAGCACCUUUGGAACCUGAUUCUGGUUCUAUCUCUACAAAACGGUCUGGGUCCCCAACACCAGGGGUUCAGCCUGCCAAACGAAAAGAAUGCAACACUAAGCAGAAAUGUACAAAACAACGACAUCAAAACGUUUCUGGAACAACUGUUAAUACGAUUAGUUCUAAAUCCUCUCAAAUAGCAACAGUUGCACAGUCUGCCUUAAAAAAUCACUCUAACCAAGAAGAUACGUUUUCAUCUUCAUUAUUAUCAAUUGACGAAAACCCUCUUCUGUCUUCUCUGGAUUCCAAUUUAUCUUUAGAUGUUUCUUCAGUGAUAAAUGAAUAUAAAGAAUUACCCUUUAACCAAAUUUCUGGUAAAACACGGCCUGGAGUGAGAGCUCUCCAUGAGGUUCAAAGCAUUGAACGUACCCAUUUUUUUUCUCCACCCUCAUCGCCUGCUCCAAAUUUUUCAACUUCCAUUCAAUUAGCCCCAGAGGCACCGUCUUCAAUAUUUAGUCUAGAUUCAAUGGAAAGUAGUGAUUCUCUAUCUAAAGAUUCCGAUCACUACAUUUCACCCCAAGUGUCUGCUCAAUCUGACCUUUUUCUUUUCGAUAAACAACCUCAUAUUUCCAAACCUGAACCAAUAUCUUUUCUUCCAGAAAGUUUUUGCAACGAACCGAUAUUUGGACUUUCUGAAAACAACCCAUUACUUUUGCCUGUUACAUCCACAGGAACCCCACCAACUCAAGAAAAUUCACCUGCCAUGGAAGAAUCAGCACUUGUUUCGGUUACUAAAAAUCAAGUUUCUGAUCCCAAACUUGGGGCUAAAGAAAAAUCUAAAAAAAAUGUUAAUUUAAAGACGGAAAAAGAAGUAUCACCAGCUUCUUUUUCUUCGGACCUUUCUUUAACUCAUUCGUCGGAGUCUGCUUUAGCUCUUAGUCCAGAUUCAUCUUCAAGCUCUUCUUCACUCACUUCGCCUGAUAAUACCAAAACACAAUCUUUUAACAUUGAAAAUAACCCUGACUAUAUCGCCUUAACAUCUGCAUUAUCAAUAUUAGAAUCACAGCGUGCUAAAGCUCGAAGAGAUAUCAUUUGUUUAAAAAAUCUCAAGACAGAAGCUUUACGCAACCCUGAAGAUUUUAUGCGCGAAGUCCGUAAAACUGGUCGUGUUUAUGGCGCCCCUACGAUGCAAAAUAUUGUCCGUGCGCCCUUUAUUCAAUGGGAAAAGUACGGUAUAGAUUUGAGUGAUCUUGAGCAACGGAUACGACGUGGUAUUGUUGAUAAUCCGGAACAUGCAUCAUUUAGUUCUAUAAGGCUUUUUGAUGAAUUUUUAGGCCCUAAAAGAAAUGAGUUUUAA